AUGGUGCCUGCGUUGCCCCUUGGCGCUACACCACUGGAGCAUAUCCGGCCCUCGCUGAGCGAGCUCUACGACAUCAACGCGGUGCCAGACCAUCCCACCUGUGUGAGCGUCGUCGACCCGCGCGAUUCGACCCUGGACCACUCGGAGUACAUCCAAUUCCCUUUCUCGAUCAGCCAGCCGGCGCGGCUCAACGCGCACUUUGUAGGGCGCGAGGAUCCCCCAGUCGCCAACUCACUCUGGCGGCCUGCGACGGGCACCUUCUACCGCGAGGUGCGCACCGCUGCCAGCGACGUGAGGCGGCUGACCGAAGGGAAGCCGCCCGUAUUUGACGCCUCCACCACAGCGCAGCUCCAUGCGCUCAGCCGCCCGAAUAAUAUCUACCCCAAAGUCUUUAUGGCUAUGAUCCGCACAGUGCUGGCCAUCACCGUGGCCCAGCCGAGCGCCUAUAGUCAAUUCCUCAACGAUCUCGUUGGGUGGCCCCUGGCGCUAGCUAACACGGGCUGGGCAUUGGAGCUGUCGGCGAAACCGAGACAAAACGAGUUUACGCCGCCAGCGCAACGCGAAGCCGAGCGCAGACGCCAGCGCAAACAUGGCCCUCUUCCGAUCGAUGCUCUGACAGAGUUGAGAAGAAUCCUCUGGAUGGUCAUCCGUUCGCAUCCAUCGGCGUAUCCAAGAGCCUGCGCCUGCCAGCCUUCUGACUUGACCCGAAAGACUACGAAUUGUCUAACCCCGACAGCGACUGGGAGGCAACCAGCCGCCGCUAUGAACGAGAUUGUAACAGCCAACUAUCUUCGGCGCGCUCUUCAGCCCCUUCGCCCUGAUCACGGGCUUCAGCAGCAUCCUCCCAGCACGACAUCUCAGCCUGUCCCCAUGGGCCUGGGAGACCGCCCUCAAAACAGCCGAUUGGCCCUGGCUGCAGCUUUACAGUCUCGACCGCGCCAAUGA